AUGACUGGCCAGGAGAGAUUCCAAGACAGCCUCAACGCUGCGAACAUGGGCAACAAUGCCACUGCCAGCGAUGAUUCUGAUCUAGACAAGACCUUUAGAUAUCGGUGUAAUGUCAUGUACGACGGGACCAACUACAACGGUUUUCAGCUGCAGCAUUAUCAGCCUUCGAUCCAAGGACUUCUGGAAACUGUCUUGAGCCGGAAGCUCCAGCGAAGGACUCGAGUGGUGGGGGCUGGGAGGACUGACAGCGGAGUUCACUCAAGAGGACAAGUGGUACACUUCGACUCCUCGGAGAACAUCACGGACUUGCAGAAGUUCCAGCACGGCAUGAACCUGAUGCUCCCGCUAGACGUGAAGAUCUGCGGCCUCGAGCACGUGCAGGAUCUAGACUUUGUCCCGCACCUCAACGAAACCCGUAAGUGGCAUGCGAUCUACAGCGCGCGGAAGAAGCUGUACUCAUACCGGAUCUUCAUCGGGAAAGUGCAAGACCCGAUCACAAGGCAUAGCCGACAUCACGAAUACAGAAAUGUAGACCUUGAUCUGCUGCGGGAGGUCGCAGCCAUGUUCGAGGGGACACACGAUUUCUCCGCAUUCUCGAACACGAGGGGGGAUAACUCGACAAUGGAUACAGUCAGAACCAUAUACAGGGUCGGCGUUGUAUUUGAGGGAGAGGGAAACGUAAGGCUCGACUUCGAGCUGGAUGGCGCCCUAUACAAGAUGGUGAGAAACAUCGUCGGAACGAUCCUCGCCGUGGGGGGAACAGAGGAAACGUUCCAAUGGCUGCUCCUGCUCAUGGACUCUGCUUAG